CUACAGAACGUGAGCUCAAGCAAGCCGAAGCACAUACUGGGCGUUUGUAUUAUUGGUUCUCAAUGCGAGUCGCGCAGAUCCUCCUUGGUAGGGUCGAGGCGGCAAUUACAGCACAUGGACCGCGCAGUCGCUUCGCUUGUAUUGCUCGUGAGCCAUUCGGGCACCAAGUACGUGAGUUCUUUGAAGUGCGAGGCCGAGCGAGAGAGCGCGGCGAUGCACUCGUGCAGUGAGGAAGCGGUAGGCUAUAAAGCGAUCAUCUGGUUGUGCAAGGAUGCGUGGCUUUCCUUG